CCCGAGGAGUACGUGCUGCCCCGGCUGGCGGAGGAUUUGCCCGAUCACGCCCGCUACCGUGCCCGGGAGCGGCGGGCACGCUUCGUGGGCAAGAACGGCGCCUGCAACGUUGCCCACAAAAACAUCCGGGAGCAGGGCCGCUUCCUGCAGGACGUCUUCACCACCCUGGUGGACCUCAAGUGGCCCCACACGCUGCUCAUCUUCACCAUGUCCUUCCUGUGCAGCUGGCUGCUCUUUGGCAUGGUCUGGUGGCUCAUAGCCUUCGCGCACGGUGAUCUGGACCACAGCACGCGAGUGCAGCGGGGCCUGGCUGACGGGGCGGCAGGGCCCCCAGCGGACUUUGUGCCCUGCGUGACCAGCAUCCACUCCUUCGCCUCUGCCUUCCUCUUCUCCAUCGAGGUGCAGGUGACCAUCGGCUUCGGGGGCCGCAUGGUGACGGAGGAGUGCCCGGCCGCCAUCCUGGUGCUCAUCGUGCAGAACAUCGUGGGGCUUGUGAUCAACGCCAUUAUGCUGGGCUGCAUCUUCAUGAAGACCUCGCAGGCCCACCGCCGCGCAGAGACCCUCAUCUUCAGCAAGCACGCAGUCAUCGCCUUGCGGGAAGGCAAGCUCUGCUUCAUGCUGCGUGUGGGCGACCUCCGCAAGAGCAUGAUUAUCAGCGCCACCAUUCGCAUGCAGGUGGUGAAGAAGACUACUAGCAUGGAGGGUGAGGUGGUGCCCCUCAACCAGAUUGACAUCCAGAUGGAGAACCCCGUGGGGGGCAACAGCAUCUUCCUUGUCUCCCCACUCAUCAUCUACCAUGUGAUAGACAAGAACAGCCCCCUCUACGACAUCUCCCCCAUGAACCUCCACCACCAUGAGGACCUGGAGAUCAUCGUCAUCCUGGAAGGGGUGGUGGAGACCACCGGCAUCACCACACAAGCCAGGACCUCCUACUUGGCCGACGAAAUCCUCUGGGGCCAAAGGUUCGUGCCCAUUGUAGCAGAAGAAGACGGGCAAUACUCUGUGGACUACUCUAAGUUUGGCAACACGGUGAAAGUGCCCACCCCUUCGUGCACUGCUAGGCAACUGGAGGAAGACAAGAGCAUUAUGGACAACAUGCCAUUUUCCCCGAGAGCCACCAUAAGGAAAAGAUCUGUCAGGCUAAAGCCCAAGUUCACUCUAAGCGAUGAUCCUUCCUGAUGCCUUUUACCUGGGAAGCUCUGUUAGGGCUUGGUGUCUGAAAGACCCCAUAAACUCAAAACAUUGAGGUGGCCUCUGUUGCUUUUUAAAAUUCAGGUUGGUAGCACAAGGUAUGUUCUGCUGUUAUUUAUUGGGGGUAAAUCCAAAGCUAAUUAUACUUUUGUAAAGGUAUGAGAGAUUUCAAGUAGCACUGGGAGUAAGAAAAACAUGAUCUGCAGCUUUAAACUUCAAUUCUGGCUGUCAUAUUUAAUUGCAUGAUCAUUUUGCAUUGAUUAAUCUGCAAGUAACGGUAUAUAUUCUUAAAAAAUAAAUGUAUGUGUAUCCUCAGAGGUUGCAGUACUUAGGGUCUUGCAGUGUCUGUCCCAAAGUCAGUAGUUUUUAACUGUUUUUUUAAUCCUAAACUUGAACAAUCAAUAUAGAAAAAUAAA